AACCUAAAGCGUGAGCCUGACCUCUGUGUCGUCGACGUUCGUUCCCAUCCCCCGCUCCCGCCUCCGCCCCCCGCCUCAGGCCUCGACCAUCAUGGGCCAGUUCGAUCUUUCUUUGGGAUGUUUGUUGUUCUCCUCUUGGGCAAACAUGAUUCUAUUGACCCUUGAGAUCGCCCAGAUCUACCAAUAUUUCCAGAAAUAUCCCAAGGACAACUUGUUCAACAAGGGCUCCGUUAUAUUCGCACUGUGCUCAGAUCUGACGACUGUGUUUGCGUGUUUAUCUGUGAACUACCUCUACCUCGUCACGCAUUGGGGGUCGAACGACUAUCUUCUCACCCAGCCGUGGUGCAUCGCUGUCUACGUCGUGAGCACCGCCAUCAGCUCGGCCAUCACCCAGACAUGGCUCUCGCGCAUGGUGUACAACCUGACGAAGCAGUGGAUCUGGCUCCCCAUCAUCUGGCUGUUCAUCGUCGGCGGUCUGACAGGCGCAGCCGCCACCGGUGGAUUGCUCGUCAUCGACGCGUCGUAUGCCGCCCGCGCAGGCUUGAUCAAAUGGGUGACGCUCUGGCUCGCGGGCUGCGUCGUGGCGGACACAGUCAUCACAGUUGUGCUUGUUGCCAAGUUCCGAACCAUGAAGUCUACGUUCCAAGACACGAAGAGUCUGCUGCGUCGGCUCUCGCUUGAAGCCGUGCGGAAUGGAUCCAUCACCACAGUCAUGACUAUCAUCACGCUCGUCAUCUUCACUCAGCAACCGGGCGAGAACUCGGCUGUCAUGAUCGAGAUGACGAUCGGGCGCGUGUACACGCUGUCGAUGCUGUCCAAUCUCAACAACCGCUCCAUGCUCACCGGCGACUCCCAGCUCUCGGGCUCGCGCAAGGCGGGCGGCAACAACACGCAUCACGACCAUCAAACUCCGACGAUGCUCCGCAUCCGGCAGGACGUCGAGACGCACUACCAGAUCGACUCGGAUCCCAUCCAGAUGGGCGCGAUGCAGAAGGGCCGCGAGGCGGCGGCGAACUCCGACGGGACGUCCGAAGUCGAUCUGGUCGUCAAGACCAAGACCGACGAGGUGUAUGCCGGUUAUUGAGCUGGCCCGCCCUGAGGCGCUUUGAUUCGCUCUUUACACACGUCUUUCAUUUAUCUUUCCCAGGGUGGUUUCUCGGGUGGGAAUAAGCACGUAGAGCACGACGCAAUACAUUCUUUGGCGAUGCGGGUUUCGCAAUUGCUC